CCACUCCCGACCGCCACCGCCAACAUGUCGUCUGCGCGGCCCUUCCCGACGCGCCAGAACCUGCAGAUCAUGAAGCUCAAGUUGGUCGGCGCCAAGAAGGGGCACUCGCUGCUCAAGAAGAAGGCGGACGCGCUGACGAUGCGGCUGCGCGCGCUGCUGACCACAAUCCUUAAGGCAAAGGAGGCGAUGGGCAAGGCCUUCAAGGACGGCAACUUUGCGAUGGCGGAGGUGAAGUACGCGGCGGGCGACAUCAAGUCGGCCAUCAUAGAGAGCGUCGGCACGGCGCAAAAGCGCGUCGAGACGAGAGUGGACAACAUCGCAGGAGUAAAGGUGCCCGUCUUCAAGGCGGUCGACAUGGCAGACGCGCCUGUGGACUACACGGGCCUCGCGCGGGGAGGGCAGCAGGUGACCAAGGCGCGCCAGACCUUCUCGGCGUGCGUGGACACGCUCAUCCAGCUGGCGACGCUGCAGACCUCCUUCCUCAUCCUCGACGAGGCCAUCAAGGUGACCUCGCGCCGCGUCAACGCGCUCGACACCGUCGUCAUCCCGAGGAUCGCCGGCUUCGUCGACUACAUCGUCUCCGAGCUCGACGAGCUCGAGCGCGAGGAGUUCUUCCGGCUCAAGCGCUCGCAGGACAAGAAGAAGAAGGACCUGCAGCUCGCAGAGGCGGAGCGACUCAAGGAGAUCGCGGCCGAUGACGCGGGCUCCCUCAUCGGCGGCGGCGACGACCCGGACGUCAUCUACUAGAAGCCCACGCCGCGGGCACCCUAUCGCGGGGGGCUCCGUGAGGGCGCUUCGGCGAGGGCGGGCGGAGGGCGGCCGAUGUUGGCCGCCCUGCCGCACCGCAUCGCGGGUGCAUACAACCCCGCCGUCGACGCGCGGCUCUCGACCCCCUCCCCGCUCGUGAUCUUUCUGUCGCAUUCGUCGCCCGCUGCGGGUUGGGCAGCGGCCGGUCCCAGCGCGCGGUCGAUUCGCUCCGGUUGUGGGCCUUGAGACGGCGUCGUGCAGCCACGCCGCACGCGCGGUCAGGGCACGCCACCGGCACCGCGCAGGCGCACCGGCCCCGUCCCGCUUGCCCGCCCUCUACGUACAGUUUUGCUUUUGAUGUCGAAUGUACGAAUAACACAUAACCUCAGAAUAAGACCCACACAAAAUAAAAA